AUGGUUAGAAAAUUGAAAUUCCACGAGCAAAAAUUGUUGAAGAAAGUCGACUUCAUAUCAUGGGAACUAGACAACAAUUUACACGAAUUAAAAAUUAUGAAGAAAUACAUGAUUCAAAAACGAGAACAUUACACUCUAUAUAAUAAGUUAUCCAGAGAAAUACGGACGGUGGCUGAAAAGAUUAAAAGUUUGGAACCUAAAGAUCCAUUUCGAAAUGAACGUGGUGCUCAGUUAUUGGAAAAAUUAUACAUGAUGGGAUUAAUAACGACAAAAAGGAACUUUGAACUUUGUUCAAAGGUAACAGCAUCAUGUUUCUGUAGACGUCGAUUACCUGUUAUAAUGGUUCGGUCUAAAAUGGUUCAAACCCUGAAAGCUGCUACUACCUAUAUAGAACAAGGACAUGUUCGAGUUGGUCCACAGUUAAUAAAAGAUCCAGCAUUUUUAGUAUCAAGACCUUUAGAAGACUUUGUCACAUGGGUGGAUAAUUCAGCUAUCAAGAAACGCGUUCUUGAGUAUAAUGACCUAAGAGAUGAUUUUGAGAUGAUGUAA